AUGUCGUCCAGCAAGCCUUUCGUCCAGCCUGGCCAGCCGCUGAAUGAUUUUCUGCAAACCUUCUGGCAGCGCAUGGUGGAUGCAGCCGAGCAAGAAACUCCCGAUUAUCGCCACCCGCCUCUCCCGCUCGCCAGAAUCAAGAAGGUCAUGAAGAGUGAUCCCGAUGUCAAAAUGAUUGCAGCAGAUGCCCCGAUUCUGUUCUGCAAAGCUUGUGAGAUCUUUAUCUCGGAAAUCACUGCUAGAGCCUUCAUCAUCGCCGACUCCAAUAAACGCCGCACGUUGUCGCGUUCAGAUAUUGCCAAGGCACUGAGCAAGUCUGACCAGUUCGACUUCCUCAUUGAUAUCGUUCCUCGCGACGAGUUGCCUUUCCCCGCCUCCGUCGGACCGAACGGCGCAAAAAAGACUGGUAUUCCGGCGAAGGGCAAGCAGAAGAGUGAUGGUCAGCCGACAUCCCCCGAUCUGACUGAAACUAACGAUAAUACGAACUCGAAAGAAGUCUACGACCAAUUAGAAUCAUUGCUCAAUCCUGUCGGAGCGACAGAACGGAAUAACAUCCCUUCUUAA